AUGAAGCCGCGAGUAGCGCCAGCCCUAACGUCGGACCUAUCUAUCAAUCAUGUUGAUAUCUAUCAGUCUCAUUACCGUCUUCUUAUCGUUUUAUUGCUGGUGCUCUGCCUAUCUGUCUUUCUGUUUGUCUGGCCGGAAAUAUCCUAUCUGGUCGCCUGCAUGACCAUUACAUCCGCUACAUUCUGCCAAUGUAACCACACACUGAUUGCCUCAUUAGUCACCACGUUGCAUGUAUACAAGGCAGCUGCCCGAAACAAGCCGGCUUACCACGCUCAAUGCAGAAACACCAGAAAUACGCUUAAUACCAGUAGUUUUAUAUCACAGGUAGUAUUAGCAUAUGAUAAAAAACCAAAGAAUAAUUACAAAGCUGUAAGUUGGCGAAAAUUGCUUAUUGUAGUAAGGAAUUGUAUGGUGGGCGCACGGGCUUUAUUAUCCGAAUCAUUCGUUCCCGUGAGACCAUGGCCUAUGGCACGCCAACGUUCAAGCAUGAUUGAUUGCAUUGGCUGUAAUAGACAUGAAGGUACCACUGUACCCGGAGUACGUAGCAUAUGCCGUUUCCCUUCCGCCAUCAAAGUAGCCCCAGUCAACUUGAUACGCAAACACCCCCCAGAAAAUAAACCAGGUGGUCCAUCGCGCAAUUCGCUUCAAGCAACGUCGUCAACUCUGUGUAUCCACUUCUCCAACCAAACAUUAGACUACUCCUCCAUCCUGACCUGA